AUUUAUUUUGUUAAAUAGCUUGCCUGCUGUAAAUUGUUGUGGAGUACCUUAACCACGUAGAUGCACAUUCACCGACAACAUCUGCAAGGUUAGUGUUAUUUCUUGAAAUAUUAACAUUCGCGUGCAAUGCCUUCUUCUGGGCAAAGUUCAAAGUACUAAAAACUCUUGAGGCUGUUUUCGUGAGGUGGGGACUGUCCAUUUACUUUCAAGCUUUCUAUAAAAGUUUCUAUUUGUUGAUUCAUGAUUGUACUGUAUUCAUAACAGGUGCACUGUUAACAUGUUUAUUAAAUAACGGUGAGUAAUCUGUGAGAUAAACUUUGACGCAUCGCAAAGGCUGCAUUAGGUGUGAGUUAGGAUUUUUAAUUUAACAGCUAUUCGAGCUAUUUUGCCAAGACUUUUUUUGCCGCCCUGUACACUUUUGAUGAAGCACCACCUCCUGUGUGCCUGAUCCGCCGCCGCUGAACAACUGAGGCCGAAAAUUACCCCCGAUCAUAACAACAGGUCUUUUGCGUUACUUUUUUCUCCUCCGGACAAUAGGCGACCCUCGCGCUUUUCACAAGACAGUGAUCCCAUGACGACAUAUAAGCACCGUUAGAGAGAGAGAGAGAGAGAGGAGGAAUCUUUUCUAUCUCCUCUCUAAACAAAAGGGUUAAAUACAGAUAAAACAGACUCUGGGCAAGCAGCAUGCAACUAAAAACUUAAACUUUGUACUAACCGCCGUGUUCGAUGUUUAUUAUGGAGCUUCUUCUUUAGCGGAUUACUAGACAGAACCUAUGUCGCAUUUGUAUUGGAUGCAAGUCCACUUUCGGGUUUACUUGUUGCGGUAAGCUGCUAAAGCGCAGUCGCAGAUUUUCAACAGCUGUGACAUAAAGAAAUGUAACAUUGCUUCGAUGUAACUUCGGGAUUGCAGCUGAAAGUACAAUAACCUUUGCGUGACAAAAACUUUUUUUUCUUUUCUUCAUCCGCUGCCUAAGCUUCGGCGCAUGCGCGCUCUCUGUUUGCUGUCACUAAAACAUUUUUCUUCGCAUUGGAAACUGUCACGAGUGACGUCAAUCACAGAGCUCUGACCAAUUAGAGCGCUCGGUGAUUGUUUGGCUCCACGGGCUGCAGCGCCUACCAUGAAUCUCUAUUCAGUAUAUCAAAGCGUCCUGCUGCUGCCUCUCAACCGAAUGGGAUUCCACGUAGGCACUGAGAUAGCAACUAAACUUUAGGGGAAGUUUUUUUUUUAUUAUUAUUAUUUUUUUUCUUCUUCUGUAUUCUUCAAAGCGAUUAAAAUAUAUUUGUCAUCAUCAUUAUUAUUAUUUUGCCUGCUGUCAAGUUAUUCUAAAAUUGGGAGUAAUGAGCGUGGAUGCUUUGGGAAGCCCUGUGAUGGACCCCGCGUUUUCCAAACGGAACACGACGCUGAGAUUAGUUGACUUGGCAGGGGCUCACCACCAUCACCAUCAUCACCACCAUACCCCUCAGAGCGUGACAGGCUUCCCGGGGUUCAGCAGCCAUCCACACUCAAUGGCUCACUCGCACCCUGGGGAGAUGACUGCGGAACCCCGCCUGGGGCCGAGUCCAUUCGGGCCAGAACACAUGGGGCACUCCGCGGCCCUCAAAAUCAGCCCAACCCAUCAUUAUCCCCACCACCAUCACCACCACAAUCAUCAUAUUGCAGGCCACAGUGAAGUGGUCUCCAGUCAAACGGGAGCUUUUGGCCCGGUGCAGGCGGCAACGGUCCCGUACUCUAUGUCUCACACGGCCCAGGCGCUAUCCGCAGGUAGGGACUUCCUCAUUCGCCGAGAUCUGACAGCUCAAGCCAUGCCCGUGCUGACCGAUCAGACUUCUGGUUCAGCCUCUCACCACGGAAUGUUUGUCUCAACAACAGGUAGCUAUCCGGGACACUAUGGUCAUCACCCCGACCCUGGGAACCAUACGCUCUUCCCUGGACUUCAUCACGAGCAGGCAUCUACCGGAGCACCAGGUGGCCAAGCCUUGAACGGACAAAUAAGGUUAGGAAUACCUGCCGAAAUGUACGUUCGUUCUGAUCAUUUGAGUCAAGUAGCGAGCUCCAGGGCAGACCCGUUUGCUGCUUCUCCUCUGCACGGAUACGGCGGGCUGAAUCUGAACAUGAAUCUCAGCGCACAUCACCACCACGGAGCUGGCGCGUUUUUCCGUUACAUGAGGCAGCCGAUCAAGCAAGAGCUCAUCUGCAAGUGGCAGGAGCCCGAGCACUCGGCGAAGAAACGUUGCUCCAAAACUUACAGCACCAUGCACGAGCUAGUGACACAUGUGACGGUGGAGCACGUCGGAGGACCGGAGCAAGCGAACCAUAUCUGUUUUUGGGAAGAGUGUCCACGAGAGGGGAAGCCGUUUAAAGCAAAGUACAAACUUGUGAAUCACAUCAGAGUGCACACCGGGGAGAAACCGUUUCCGUGUCCGUUCCCCGGCUGUGGAAAAGUAUUUGCCCGAUCGGAAAACUUGAAAAUACACAAGAGGACGCACACAGGUGAAAAGCCUUUCAAAUGCGAGUUUGACGGCUGUGACCGACGGUUCGCCAACAGCAGUGACCGGAAAAAGCAUUCCCACGUACACACUAGCGAUAAGCCGUACAACUGCAAAGUCAGAGGUUGUGACAAAUCGUACACGCAUCCCAGCUCAUUGAGAAAACACAUGAAGGUGCACUGCAAGUCUCCACCUCCGAGUUCUGGUUACGAAUCAUCGACUCCAUCUCUCGUUUCUCCUUCAUCGGACUUGGGAAGGGAGCCAGCUCCCUCUGCGCUCUCUGAGCCUCUCUCAUCAUCGUCCCAGCCGGCCAAUUUAAGCGAAUGGUACGUGUGUCACAGCUCCGGUGCCAGUGGCCCUCAGACCCCACCCAGCGGUGCAUCCACACCGGGCCAUGCAGAGGGGCCAACGUACGGCAAUCCUGAACGGAGGGACGCCUUCUAGCAAAAUGCUCGCCCUGCAAUAUUGUUUUGGCAAAGUGUCUGAAAUGACUUUGACAUCUUAUCUAGUUUGGACAGUCCGUUUUGGACUGGAUGACCACAGGCUGACGUCGCCUGUGUGAGUCGGUUCAAAGAGCAGGCUUGUUCACUGUUACUGCCUUACUGAAGGAUGCACUGGCCCUUUGACAGCUAAUGUCACUGCCUAACCACCAGUCGAUAUAAAACACGUCCCCAGUGUCCAUGUUUCGAAAUAGUGUACCGACCGUACGCAUGUCACUGUAUUAUUUUGUAAAUCCCGCUUUGAUUUCAAUAUCUUUUUUUAAUUUAUUUUUUAAUCGGUGAAUCAUUUCUUUUUUUGUAUUAUUGAACCAAAGUGCUUAAUUAUUAAACCUGUACAGUUGUAAAUGAUGACGUUUUGAUGUCUUUGUGUGAACAGUAAUUUUUUGUAAGGUUCUGUCCAUAUUUUUAAAUGUUUGCUACUAUACUUUGUACAAAAUUAAUAUUUGGGAUGAUUUGGGUUUUAUAAGGACGUAGACUCUUUCCUCUUUUUGUGCUUUCGCCAGCCAAGCCAAUUCGAUGGAAACGGUGUUAUUGUAUUUGAAAUGACGUUUCAUUUAUGAUUAGUCAUCAAUCAAUGUGGUCAUUUUGUGAUUUCGUAAAACUUGUCAGAAAUCCAUUUUUUAUGAAAAAUAAUAAUCAUAAUUAUAAUUAUCAGAAGAGACCUUAAUAUUUGUACCGAAAUGCCUUGUAAGUUGUCAGUAUUUUGAAUAAACUGUGUAUGACGCAAAGCUAAAA